AUGGCUUACGAAGAACGGGUCGCCGUGCAGAAGAUUCUCGAUGAGCGGAUGACAGAAAAUUUCAAAAAUUUCAUGGAAAAGUACAAUAUGUAAGUUUUUCUUUCUCCGUAAACGUUCUACUGAUCAGAACGGAGAUUGCAAAAACUAAACAUUUAAGUUGAGAUAUUUUCGAUUAAUCAUUUUCUGCAAUGGUGACUGCUUAUUGAAACGUGUUUUGAAUGAGCUUCACUUAAUUUACUAUCUAAUUUAUUUCCAGUAAGCCCAAGGAACCUGUCGUGGAGAAAACGCAACCUAAAAGUGUAGAUAAAGAAGAAAAAAACAGCCGCUACGUAUUUCAGGUGAUUAUUAUUUUUAGAUCUAUUUUUUCUGUUUUUUUCAAGUCCGUUGACUGUUUUUUCAGAAAACAAGUAGAGAUUGGGAGUUCAAAAUGCCGAAGAAUCCGCCAGAAGACAAGGAUGUAUCGUACAUCAAGAUGUUGUGCAUGACUCGCGAAGUUUUCAGAGACUAUCAAGAAAAUGCUGACAAAAUGGAUGAAAUGCUGGAUACGACUGUUUGAAAAGAAAUCAUACGAAUAGUUCAAAGUUGAUUUUAGGUGAAAGGAUGCCUAGUGUUAGAAAAAAUUGGCCAAAUUCGAGAGAAAAUGGCUGAAGUGGUACAAGAACGGUAUGAGAAGGUUCGGGAGCUCAAGAAUUUGUACAAAGUUCUCUACGAUACCGAGAAAAUGGUCCAUCGUCUGCGCAACGUGUGAGUUCAAUCUCUUUCAGGUUAAUUGUGAGCAAAGAUGAUCUUAUCCCAAGUUUACUGUAUUAUAAUCGGUUCGACUUAAAACAGGAACAGGCAGCUUGGACCCGUAGGGACGCUUUCUUUGAGAUUUGUGUUAUUUUUAUAGUCUUUUCAGAUUUUGAAUGUCAAGUCGUCGCUCAAGCUCCGCCUCUAAUGGUGCGAUAAACCAAUCAGAGAGCGAGCCAUUCACAGAGUUUUUUUGAAUGACGUCAUUGCACUUCACAUUUAAAAUCUGAACAGAUUAUAGUUUCUGUCUGUUUUGAAGGGCUCAUCGAUUGAAAAAAAAAUUGAACUAGUUAGAAGCACUUUGCGAUAAAGACGCUUCUGGAUGUCGAAUCCCGUUUUAUUUCACUUUAGAAAAUUUUUAUAGAAUAUUGAGCUUCUCACUCCCAAACCUCGUAUAUGACUUCUUCUCUAUACAACUUCAGGAUUUCCAGGUCUCCUGAAGAGUUUUACGAGUUCAAACAAAGACACAAGAAGAAGUACUCUAAAAUAGACAAGAUCGUAAAUUCCAAGGUUUCUAAUUCACUAAAAGAAAAUCACAAGCGUCGCCAAAAUGAAAUUCAGAAAUUCGAAUAUCGUGAGAAGAAAAAGAGAACCAAGAUCAUGGAACAGAUCAAUGAAGCUUUGAGCGUGUUGGACAAAGAAAUCAAGAAAAACAAGAAAAAAUCGUCAGUCAUUUUGAAGGUAGCUUCAGGUGAGGUUAUUUUUUGCUGCGAAACAGAUGUAUCGAAAUUUUGAGAUUCAUUCGAGUCUGAGACGACGUCAAGUUCGUUCGCCUUCGAACGAAGAGUGGCCCCUAAAGUGGAGAGACUGGAUCUGAGUGAAUUGGAGGUCUUGCAGCGAUUUAGAACAACUCACGUCAAAGUCGAAUGUUCCAGGGAGAACCUCACAAUUUUGCCAUUGAUAAGAACUCAUCGAGGAGAGUGUCAUUUUCGACUCCUUCGGUUAGCUCGUCUGUUUUUGGAGAGAGGGAGUCUAGAGAAGGUAAAUUAUCGUGGGUGUUGAAAAUAAUUCGAAAAUCGUUUGGCUGAAGACGCUGAGACUGUUGUGUUGAACGAUUCUCAACGCUCUUCUUCCGAUUCUUGGACCAGGUGGGUAUUUUUUGGUUCUGACUUUGAAAUGGAGUGAAAUCUAUAUCAUUGUGAACAUUUUCUAUGAAAUAUACGUUUUAGAAAAAAAAGUUUUUUUUAGUUUAUAAAAGUAGUAUCAGACAAAAAAAGUUUUUAUACUUUCUAGAUAAUUUCCCGAAAAACAAUCAAGUUGAUCAGAACUUCUUAAUUUUCGAAAAUGAAGUUGCCUGCAACCUCAACCUCUCAAAUUUUAGUUUUUGAGGGCAAAAUUUCUAAAAUCGAAGAAUGCCAUCAAGGUCAUUAGAAGGAAUUUGAUUUUAAACCAUUUUGUAAGCUCGAGAGUUUUCAUAAAUUCUGAAAUUUAAUAAAAGCAUUCUCGCGAAACUGUUGUUUCAGACGCUAUGAUACUAAGUAUCCCACAGAUUCGACAGCCGAAACUCAGUCGCUAUCGCAAAGAGAGGUUUUAAUUUUUAGCCAAGUCAACUAAGAUCGACCUUUUCAGGAUAACUUAUUUCUGGAUGUUUCGACGGCCCGUGAAUUGAACGAUUCUCUCGCCGCCUACAUCGAGUCUGAAAUGAACGAAAGCAAAACCGAUAGAACUAAUGAAGAAGAAGCUAGAGAAAAAUCUAAAAAAGUCGGAUGAGAACUUCAAAAACAUUUUUUUACUGUUCAGAAACUAGACUCACAAGUAUCAAUCAAUGUUGAGCAGGCCACUAGCAAUGAGUCUGGAAACAGUUCAGAAGGAGAUAGGAAUUCUGUAAGUUCCAUCUGAUUCAGAGGUUGAAGUGUCGAACAAUAUAUUUCAGAAGAAAGUUCCUCGAGCUGAAAAAUCAGAAGAAGCCGAAGAAAAAAGUUUGGAUGACGAUUCUGGGUUUCUUUUGCCUAAGGUAUUGAUGAAAACUUGAAUUUCUGAAGCUAUUCAAAUAAAAAAUUAAUUUGGAAACGAUAUUAAAGUUUUGAGGUACCGAGAAGAGAAAGGAAGAUGGCGGAAGUUUUCGACGACACUCCUAGAGCUGAAAGUUGGUCUUUCCAUUCAGUUUUUAUUCCAAUGUUCAUAUCAAUUUAUCGCGUCUUUGGUGUUUUCAAGAUCAUGAUGGUUUUUCUAGAAACGGCAGAGUUCAGUUAAAAUCUUCAAAAGCAAGUCUAAACCAACUUGAAUUCGAGAAAAUAUGGCAGCGAAAAAAUUGAAUUGAGUUUUAAGUUGACGUGGAUCCCAUUCCCCCUGCAGAAGAAAAGGCGCCGUGGAUCACUGAAGAAACUCUUCAAAAAAUUGUAAGCCCAUGAAAAUUUUCCCUCUUUCAAUUGGCUUGAAAACAGGGUGAAAAACUAGCUGAGAAAGUUUGGGAGGACCGAGAGAAACUCCGAGGAAAAGACUUCGCGGCAUCGCUGAACGUCUGGGAAAAGCCGAAAAUAGACGAACUUCUGUCCGGAGAACACUCGACGGAGAUGAAGGACUCCUUCGACUCAUUCAUGUUAUUAUUCCAAGAUUUACUGUUUCAAGCAUUUUUCUGUUCAGGAUCCGCAUCUGGGGGACUAUCGCUGAAGUUUUGAACAGGCAUUUGGAACUGGUUGGCAGAUUUCUUGUAUUCUCUAAUUUUCAUUUUUCAAUUUUUAGUUUGAAACUGGAGAAGAAGCUAAGGAGCACUUUUUGAAAGAGGCUCUGAAGGCGUUGCGCGACCGAUUUCUGGUAGACAACUUCGAGUGGAUUACUGGUUCAGUUUUUUUGUAUGGCAGCUGGUUUCGAACCGCUCUAGACUUCUCUUAAAGCAUGUUUUACGAUUUUCCAGUUUUUUUUUUCGUAUUUUAGAAUUAAAAAAAAACUAUUUUUCAUGACAAGCUGAAAAAAAAUUGUUCUCAGCGUUCCUACACAAUAUUUGAACUAAUAGGAAAAGUCAUUACAGCGCAUGAUAAUGAUAAUAGUUCAAGUUUUGGUAUGACAUCACCUCAUGAAAUUUCAGGGACACGUAAUUCCAAGCGAAGGAAAUUAAUAAGAUAAAAUUUAUUGGCUUGAAAUUGCAAAAACUCUGAAUUUUUUUGAAUUGCUGAUACAGUUGAAAUAGAAAGCUGCAAAAAAAUACCUCUUAAAAAAACAAAACUAACUUUCUUGUUCAAACCUUCCAAAUUUCACGUUUCAAUAAAAAAAUUUUCCACUUGCGUUCAAAGUUGAAAUGAUUUUCGACUAAAAAGGAGCUAUUUUACUUUUUUUGUAAAAUUAGUUUUCCAGAAGUGCAACUGUGUCAACGUAUGGAACAUUUGUCGUUACUCGACGUGGACUACCGCCUUUAUAAUCGCAACAGAACGCCGCUGGACAAUCGGGAGGAAAUCCAGUUGUUACAGCAAUUUAUGGACUCGACUUGGCAUCUUUAUCAUCCCAACCGAACGGUUCACCACGUCUUGAGUAGUUCUAACCAGAUUUUUCUCAAGGCCGCUCUUCUGAACGAAUUAGCUCAAGACGAGAAAGAUCAACUUUGUGUGGAAGUUCUCCGAGAGGAAGUCGCUACUUACUACGAAUAA